CAGACUCUGGCAGAGAACAAGAGAAAAGAAAACCAUUUAGGUGUCAACCCUGAUGCCUAAGGAAAUGAGAACAGAAACACCGGAUGAUGCCAGAUUGAUUCGCGUCUCCUGUCCACAGAAGGCCAAGGAAAGGGAUCUUGCUGGGAUCUUCAUGGAUUCGCUUGCUGCAGCAUACACAAGGUUUGGGUUUAAUCUUUUCCAAAAGCUGAAUAAGACAAAAGAUGGCAACAUCUUCUUUUCCCCCGUGGGCAUUUCAGCUGCCAUCGGCAUGCUCGUCUUCGGGACCCAAGGAGCCACCCCGGCCCAGUUACGGAAGAUGCCCUCUUCUGAAAAAGAGGCAGGGAACUCAAGAAUCAAAGCCGAAGAAAAAAAGGUGAGGAGAUAUGUGUUACAGUCUUCAGAAAUUGAGAAGACAGAAGAGAUACAUCAGCAAUUCCAAGAGUUUUUGAGUGAGAUAGGCAAAUGCACUAAUGGUUAUGAACUAAGAAUAGCCAACAGGCUCUUUGGAGAAAAGACAUACCUCUUCCUUCAAAAAUACUUAGAUUAUGUGGAAAAAUAUUACCACGCUUCUCUGGAACCUGUUGACUUUGUAAAUGCAGCAGACGAAAGUCGAAAGAAGAUUAAUUCCUGGGUCGAAAGCCAAACAAAGGAAAAAAUCAAGGACCUGUUUCCAGAUGGUUCUCUAGACAGCUUCACCAAGCUGGCGCUGGUGAACACAGUUUAUUUUAAAGGGCAAUGGGACAGGGAGUUUAAGAAAGAAAAUACCAAAGAGGAAGAGUUUUGGCUGAAUAAGAGUGCGAGCAAAUGUGUGCCAAUGAUGACACAGACCUGUACCUACAGCUUCACUUUCCUGGAGGACUUACAAGCCAAGAUUUUGGGAAUUCCGUAUAGAAACAAUGACCUAAGCCUGUGUGUGUUGCUGCCCAAUGACACAGAUGGCCUGGAGAAGAUUAUAGAUCAAAUAACUCCAGAAAAUUUAGUAGAGUGGACUAACCCGGGGCAUAUGGAAGAAAGGAACGUGACCUUGCACUUACCGCGGUUUGAAGUGGAAGAUGGGUACGAUCUGGAGGCCCUGGAGGCCGUCUUGGCAGCCAUGGGGCCGGCUGACGCUUUCAGCGAGUACAGAACGGACUCUCCGGGGCUGUCCUCACAUUCCGGGCUGCAGGUGAAGAAGUUCCUGCACAGGGCCUUUGUGGCGGUCACCGAGGAAGGGACUGAGGCCGCAGCAGGCACCGGUGUGGGCUUUGCUCUCACAUUGGCGCCGGGUUAUGAACAUUUUCAUUGCAAUCACCCUUUCCUGUUCUUCGUCAGGCACAAUGAGUCCAACAGCAUCCUCUUCUUCGGUAGAUUCUCUUCUCCUUAGGACAGUCAUGGCCUUGGCGGAAAACCAGUGUUAGAGUAUCAGUUAAGACUACGGACAUAGCCCGUUCUUUAAGAAAAAUUGUCUUACUUGCUUGCAUUCCAAUCUUACCAUCAAAAUCAAUGACCCGGUGACUGUAACAGGGUGCGUGUGUUUAUAAUUCUCCUUAAAGCUGAAACGUCCUUUUGUUUGUGCUCGGUAAAAACCAAGUUAAAUCGAGGCUCGGUAAUAAUCUGUUGAUUUCUUCUGGAAGUAAAUCAACCUCUUGUGGUUUUGUGUACUAAUGGCGAGAAACAGACUCUUAAGAAAAGACACAGACUAGUGAUUCUGGGAGUCCCUCUAGUUCCAAUAGUUUGACGUAAUACACAAAUAAAACAGUAAUUUAAAAAAUUUU